GGGAUUAGCCGGUUUCUACACACACUGACAGCACUACACCCAACGAAGGCCACACUGUGACAGACCUGGGACACAAUCAGGUGCCUUUUCCCUUUUUGUGUUCGAGGUGAAAAAAUCGGUUGCCAUGGCGUCCCUGGAGGAAGAGUUGACCUGUUCGUUGUGCCGUGACGUCUUCAGCCAGGCCCAGUCCCUGCUGUGUGGCCACAGUUUCUGCCCGGCCUGCGUACGGGACACCUGGGGGCACAGGAAGGCUGGGGUCAGGGGUCGCUUCACCUGCGCACAGUGCCAGGAGGAACAAGGGGCAGUGGCGUGUGACUGCUGCCCACCUGUGGGGGACAAGGACGAGGCGGAGACCACCGUGGCGGUGAAGACCUGCCUGCGCUGUGAGGUGUCUCUGUGUGCAGAGCACCUGCGGCCCCACCUGGAGCGGCCCGCCUUUAAGACACACCUGCUGGUGGAACCCCUGGGAGAUCUGUCUCACCGCAGGUGUCCCGCCCACAAGGAGAUGUUCCUCUACUACUGUGCAGACGAGCGGGUGUACGUGUGUUCAGAGUGCCUAUUGGAAGGUGGCCAUGCACAGCACCGCAUUAAAGGACUGAGGAAGGUGGAGGAGGACGUCAAGGUCCUCCUCAAGGGCCUUCUCCAGAAAGCAGAUGAAAAGCUGAAUGAAGGUGAACGGAUCCUCCAAGAGUACCAGAACACUGACCUCACUAUAACAGACAUGUCUGUGGCAAAUGACUCCCAGGUGGAACGUAUGGGUGUAGAUCUGCAGCUGCAGGUGGAGAGGCUAGUGCUGGCCCUGAGGGAGAGCACCUUGAGGGAGAGGCAGAAGGUCAUGGAGCGCCUGCAGAACGACUGCAGCAGGGUGAGGGUGGAACUGAGUAAGACCCAGGACAUUCACCACUACCUGGCAUCCUUGCUGGAGGAGUCAGACCCCUUCCUGCUCAUCUGGGUGAGAUGUUUAUUAUGAACCCUUUUACCGGGUACCAAGAUGACUAGAGAGAGGAGAGGGUUUGAAGGAGCCAAUUGGAAUCUGGGGAUGAUUUGGAUACCAUGGAAGUAAGAGCAAACAGGUUGGAUAUUCCGCCAGGGUAGUGGAGUUUACAGCCUACUUUUGGGACAAGUGCCAUUGUGUCAUUAGUGACCACGCAAGAGUUAGGACCAUAGUUUUGCAAUAAAACAAUAGAUAUCCAACUUCACAGUAACCAUUUCAGGCAGUUAAUGUCUGUGCGUUAGACACAACCUUUGAGUAUCCUCAAACAAACAGAAUUGAUCAAAGCCAUCCUCUCAAAUCAUUUGAUGGCAUAGGUCACAAUUCUGGUAAUCAUUCUGAAUCUGAACAUUCACUUCUGUACUGUACUGCAAUGUUUUAACCACCUAUUUACUUACAAGGCAGCAUAUGUUGUACACUGCAUAGCGGAGGAUUUCAACUAAUCUGUUUACCUCCUUGUCCAUCUGGGGGUGAUUCACGGUGCCAUUCAUGCACGAUUUGUACUGUGGCAAUGAAGGCUUUCUGCUUUUAUUGAUUAGCCGUCAAUCAAUACCUCUUUUUUUUUUAAAGAUAGUACAUUUGAAUAACUUUAUUAACAGUUUGGUGUUAUUGUCUUACAACCAUGAAUAACGGUGAAUUACUGUG